UUAAAUGCUUAUAUCAAAUGCAGGGAAAUUUGUGAUGCUUCCAAGUUGUUUGACGAAAUGCUUGUCAGGAAUAUCGUGACUUGGAAUACAUUGAUAAGUGGUUUAGCAGAUUGUGGUCGGAGUUUUAAGUGGAAUCUCGAAUUGGGUUUUCGUUGUAUUAGGAGAAUGUUGUUAGAAAUGGUGAGGCCUGAUCACAUCACGUUUACAAGUCUGCUUCGUAUAGGAGUGGAGCUAAAUGACAUGGAGAUUGGCAGAGGCUUGCAUUGUUUUAUAGUUAAACUGGGAUUUUUUGAAAAUUGUCUUGUAAAUGCUGCUCUUGUUGAUUGGUACGCAAAAUUUGGUUUAGUUGAGGAUGCAAGGCGUGUUUUUGAUUAUGUUUUGGAGAGAGAUUUGGUUUUGUGGAAUGUGAUGAUGUCUUGUUAUGUACUGAAUUAUAUAGGUGAAGAGACUUUUGGUGUCUUCAGUUUGAUGAGGAUGGAGGGGUUUAAGGGAGAUGAUUUUACAUUCACAAAUUUGCUAAGCUGCUGUGCUAGUUUUGGAUCUUGUGAAUUGGGUAGUCAGAUUCAUGGUAUUGUUGUUAGACUGGGCAUUGAUUUAGAUGUGGUGGUGACUAGUUCACUGGUUGAUAUGUAUGCGAAGAAUGAAAAUAUAGCUGAUGCUCGCAAGGCUUUUGAUGGGAUGGUAUCUAGAAAUGUGAUCUCUUGGACCACAAUAGUUGUAGGUUAUGGACGAUAUGGCGAUGGGAAGGAAGCGACCAAACUUCUUCGGGGAAUGUUAGACGAAGAUUUUUGUCCUGAUGAACUAACUUUGGCUAGUGUUCUUAGCUCGUGUGGCAAUUUAUCCUUGGCUGGUGAAACUGUGCAAGUUCAUGCUUACACAAUAAAAAAAGGUUUUUCAGCUUUUUUGUCUGUUGCAAAUGCUCUAGUGAAUUCAUACGCCAAAUGCGGUAGCAUUGGUUGUUCUUUCGAAGCUUUUAGCUCAAUAGUAAACCCUGAUCUUUUUUCAUGGACUUCUAUGAUUGGAGCAUACGCAUUCCAUGGCCUUUCCAGGGAAAGUAUUGGACUGUUUGAGAAAAUGUUAUCAGAUGGUGUAAGGGCUGAUAAAAUUGCUUUUCUGGGGGUUCUUUCUGCCUGUAGCCAUGGGGGGUUAGUAAGUGAAGGGCUUCAUUACUUCACUUUAAUGAUCACUGACAAUCAGAUUGUGCCAGACACAGAGCAUUAUACUUGUCUGGUUGAUCUUCUUGGGCGAGUCGGUCUUCUAAAUGAGGCUUUCAAUGUUUUGAUCUCAAUACCAGUGGAGCCUGGGUCAGACUCCCUGGGGGCAUUCCUUGGGGCUUGUAAAGUCCAUGGAAAUGUAGGAUUAGCAACAUGGGCAGCUGAAAGGCUUUUUGAAUUAGAGCCAAAUAAGCAUCUGAAUUACAGUCUCAUGUCCAACACUUAUGCUUCUCUUGGCUGCUGGUUAGAUGUGGCUAGGGUUCGCAAAAUGAUGAGGGAGAUGUGUGAUCAUAGAUUUCCCGGUUGUAGCUGGAUGGAUAUUGCCGGCAAGGUUCAUACAUUUGUAUCAAGCGACAAGUCCCACCCACAAACUACAGAGGUGUAUGCUGUGUUGGGAAUAUUAUACCGACGAAUGAAAGUGGAAGACAGUAAGUCCAGUGUGGACUUUAUGUUUGACUAUAUUGGGGUAUCCAGCUGAUUUCGUGCUUUUUUAUGAUAUUAAGCACUCUUGAGUUGUAAUUGUCUGGUGAAGAUGGGUCAUUUUCUAAUUCUGAGGUGCGAAUUACACCAAUUGCACAUGCAAUAUGUUUAAGGUUGCAUAAUUGAGAUUCAUUCUUUUCAAACAACGUACCGAUGAAUCACAUAGCAAAUAACCUCUCUGCCAGCAAUUGUUUGGAUGAUGUUGUCCUGUGGAUCCUUCUGCCAUCUUUUCUCCUCUCCACCUUGUGUUGUAUAUGUUCUCACCUUAGAAAAAAAAUCCUCAGCGCCCACUACACGUUGCUGCAUUUUUCUCAGAGCAAGCGCAGCCCAUUCCAUAAUAUAGAUGAUGCUGAAAUUUAGACAACUAACACCUCAUUGUUCCUCAUAAUCAAUGUU